CCACACAAAGAAUUAAGCUGAGAAGAAAGUGAUACUAAUAAUUAAGAAAUUUUAUCAUCCAUGGCUGCCGCAGUUUGUGCUCAUCAGUUUAACAAUGUCUCGUUGGAUGCUUCUCGAUCCUUUAAGAAGCUGCGACUCUCCACAGUAAACCCUCCUCCGCCCGCGGCUUCGUUCGUUGCUUCUCCUCCUCCGGUGGCUCGAAAGAAGAGAUCUUACUUCGUAUUUGUAGAAGAAGAGGAAGAUGAUUCAUCUCUUGCCAAGAAAGUUUGCUUCAGGGAUGAAGAUUAUGUAUUCAGCAACGUUGCUAAAUAUGACCCGACUCCAACUAACAAAGUAGAAUGGAUUGAUUUGAUCAUCAAUGAGAUGAUGAAAGCAAAAGACGUUGAUGACGCGAAAUCUCGCGCUUCCAAAUUGUACGACGAUCUUUUAACUAAAUUUGCCGUCCCCGCGGCCGAUGCUGCCGCCGAUGAUCAUUCCGAAAGUGGUGAUCUAGGGUUUAAGGAAAAAGUAGAAGCAAUGUCCAAGGAGAAUGCCACGCUGAAACGGGCGGUUGCGAUUCUAUAUAAGCGCCAGAAGGAUUACGUGGACGGCGGCGAAGUGAAGAAACUCAAGGAGUUAUUGAAGAAAUAUCGAGAAGAAGUCACUGAUCUCAACGUCCGCAAUUAUGGAUUGACCAAGCACUUGGAGCAGGCUCUUCAGGCCACCGCGGUCGCCGGCGGUUAUGGUCGAUUUGUGUAUUGA